UUGGAAGGACAUAACCUAUUUAUCUUGCUAUCCUUUUGAAUGUUUUUUUUUUUUUUUUACUCAAACCCUCCUAAUGCCAUUGAUUCUCAAAAAGUCCGAUAUAGCUACAGUAUUUCAAGAAUUUCAAAACUCAGAUAUCAGACUGUCGUGACCAUUUGAGAAUCUUAAGGCCGUAUAAUAACGCAAGAGCUGCAGGAUACCCGCAGACAGGCUAGUCAGCCGCAUUUAGCCACCAUCACAAACAUGGAUCAGCACAACUCGACGUUUGGAGUGCAGCUUUUCAUUUAUGAUUUGUCGAGGGGAAUGGCCAGGCAGCUCAGUCCGAUAAUGUUGGGAAAACAGCUUGAUGGGAUUUGGCACACAUCUAUAGUGGUCUACGGAGAGGAAUUUUUCUAUGGUGGUGCUGGGAUCUCUAGUUGCCCACCGGGCGGGACGAUGCUCGGACCUCCAGACACAGUGGUGGAACUGGGAAAUACAGAGGUGACAGAGGAGAUCUUUAUGGAUUACCUGUCCUCACUUGGAGAGACAACAUAUAGUGGUGACAAGUACAGAUUGUUUGAACACAACUGUAACACGUUCACUAAUGAGGUGGCCCAGUUUCUCACUGGCAAUAAAAUUCCCUCCUAUAUCACAGAUCUACCCUCUGAAGUGCUCUCCACGCCAUUUGGUCAGGUGUUGCGGCCAAUCCUGGACUCGAUACAUAUUGCCCCUCCAGGCGGAAACGUGAUCAGCAGCCAAAAUAAUCAUAGCUAGAUCAUCUUUGUAAUCUCAUACACACACAUACACAUGCAAUAAUUCUCACAUAGGCUUGUUUAUACACACACAUUUGCCCUGUUGUAAAUGAAGUUUGGCUCAAAAAUCAACAUCAGUUCUGAUCCACGUUCACAGUUGCCCAAAUAUUUUGAGACAGUUUUGCUUAAAGUGUUUCAAGCACAAGGUCUUGGUUCAUCCUUCCAGAUCACAGAUGGUUCAUACUUUCUUGGUUUCUAUGGUUUUCAUUAUAUUAUAUAGCUUUAUUUUGUAUCUCUACAGCCCACCACAUGCAAAGGUCAUUUGUUAUUUGUUGAUGACAAUCCAACUUUUCCCCUCUUGCUAGUUUUGAUUCAUUUCACAUAUAUUUCACGCUGUUUUUUUCCCACCAAUAUGUGUUCAUACAUAUUAAUAUUGGAAAACCAAAAAGUAUUUUCAACAUUUAUUUAUUUAUUGUGUGUAACUUUGUGGCAAAGAAGCACAUGUGCUAUAAUAUGGCUUGCAUUAGUUUUUGUUCUGAAGAUCUUAUUGAAUGUGAAUGGAUGGACAUGAUACAUGUGGCUCAGAUUCACAAAGAAAUAUAUGUAUCUAUGCCUUUGUCAUGGCAGCUUGGGCACAAGUAACAUUUUUAAUGUAACUAUGUAAAGUACAAAUGAUUUCUACAUGUUAUGCUUAAUGUAUAUUUGGUCCCCUCUAUUUAUUUACCCAGCUAAAUGCCUUUAUAUAUGCUUAUUUUAUUUUCACUAAAGGAAGGUUUGCUGCUGUUGUCGGUGUUAUAUAGCUGAACGUGUUUCUUUGUUGUUGGUAUUUAUUAACAUGUUUGUAUUUUAAAUCGGUUUAUUUAUUCGGCUCACACAUGAUGUAUGUAACAUUCAGGGAUGUUUGAUGAAAGACUGUACCUUUUUUAUUUUGUUUUCAUGCUGUUGUUCUCAUUGUCAAAAUGUUGCUACAAACCCUAAACUGCACUGAUUGCUUUGAGCUUUAUCCUCAUGUUUUAUUGGAAGUCACCUCAUUAAAGAACCAGCAAUGAGUCUACAAAAA